UUCUAAAAGCGAAUCUAUUUUUCCGACAUAAAAUUUCUUCAAAAAAAAAAGUCAACACCAUCGUCAGCAGCAAAUUGCAGAGAUGGGUAGCAGAAGAUUCGAAUCUUCGAAUUACAGAAAUCCAUGUUUAACGAUGCAUCAGCCAUGGGCUUCUUUACUUGUUUAUGGCAUCAAACGCAUCGAAGGCAGAUCCUGGCCCUCCCCCAUUAGAGGACGACUCUGGAUUCAUGCUGCUGGGAAGGUUCCGGAAGCUGAGACGAUAAAAGCUAUGGAAGAUUUUUACCGAGAAAUUUACGCAAUGAAUGGAAUUACGGAUAUUAAAUUCCCCGAGCAUUACCCUGUCUCGAGACUCCUUGGUUGUGUUGAUGUAGUUGGUUGUGUUACGUGUGAAGAGCUAGUGAAUUGGGAAGAUGUACCUGCAUCGGUGAGAUUAGAAGGGCAAACAGCUUUCUGUUGGCUUUGCGAACAACCUCAGAAAUUGAUAGUGCCGUUUGAGAUGCGCGGGCAACAAGGUGUUUAUAAUCUUGAAAGGAAGAUAUAUGAAGCGGCUGUGAGAGGUCUCUGUUCGGUGGAAGCUCCGUUACCGGUGAAAUUUCCGCUUCCAAAUCCACAAGAUCGUUUUUCUUUGAAACCGUGCUCACUUGCUUCUCGUUCGAAUUCCGUGUCCGAAGAGGAGAAAUCACCUAAUCUUGUGGCGGCAAUUGCCGGUGCUAGAGCUGCUGCAACUCAAUUCUCGAAAAAUAAUAACAAUAAUUUGCAAUCUUUUAACGGGGCCGAUAUUGAAGGCGAAAAGACGCCUGUGUCCUCUAGAACAAGGAAUAAAUCCCAUGACAGGGUUCAAUGAAAACUUAUAAGUGGUGAAAUAUGGAUUUUAAGGAAAGUUUACAUGUAAAUAUCUAGUUAUUAUUUGUGUAUCAUAUGUACUUUAGGAAGAAUUUGAAGAUUUUUAAAUUUUGAAUGAAUACUUUGAUUUUUUUUAUUUUU